CAACCAUCUAUAUUUUAGUAUAACUGGAAUGGAAUUACCCAAGAUGGAAAAUAAUAUAAGUUUAUCUGGAGAUAUAGCAUACAUCAAAUACCAACAUCCUGGUGGUGAUUCUCCAGAAGUCCCAAGGCCAGUGAAGCAAUUUGUAAAGGAAGAUAUUUUACCACAGAGUAAGGAGAAAACAAUUGCUCGAGAGGCUUCAUCAAAAUUUGAAAGGGUUCCAUCACAUGUAAGAAGAACAAGAUCUUCUCCAUCAUAUGGUAGACGUCCAAGACGUGGACCAUCACACAGAAGACGCCAACACAUGGUAAAUGUUAUUGAAGAUUCAGGUCCAUUUGCAGACAAAGCCGUUCGCAGAACCUUUCUUUGGAAAUUAUAUCUCAUGUUGGCAUUUCAACUGGGUUAUACUGAUGCUAUAAUAUGUAUGUUCAUCUACUGGAAGUACCUUAAAAUAUGGGUUCGGAGAAGACCAUGGUUUUGCUAUUCUCUCUUACCAGCAAUCCUGCUAAUUGUUAUUGCCUUAGCGUGCUGUGAUCAAGCCCGAAGAAAAUUUCCUUUGAAUGUCAUUUUAUUAGCAUUAUUUACAAUCCUUAUGGGUACAUGGCUUGGAUCCAUUGAUGCUUUCUUCGAUGCAGACACUUUGAUGUGGACUGUUGGUUCUACUUCAUUAGUGACAUUGGGACUGUAUUUUUUUGCUCUUCAGACAAAAUGGCAACUUACCAUCACAAAUGGAAUAUUGCUAGUCCUGUUGUUUUCAUUAACCAUUACUGGAGUUCUUUGUAUCUUCAUGCAAUCACAAGUUAAGGAAGAAUGCAACUAUAAUCAUUUUAGUUUUUAUACUGUAAUUAUGGUUGCAAAUACUUUUAAUUCUGCUAAAUCAGCCUUUGGUUUUCCAAAUUCAGCUGAGCUCAAUCAUGUGGAGUUUCCUGGUACAGUGUUGACAGAAGUAUUUUAUUCUGGUGUUGGAACACUUCUUUUUGGCAUAUACCUAUUGGUCGACACACAACUAAUGCUGGGAAAGAAGCAUCAUUAUCGCCUGAAUCCAGAUGAAUAUGUAUUUGCAGUAUUGAAUGUCUACAUUGAUAUUCUCAAUCUGUUUUUAUUUAUUUUGAGAUUUGUUGGUUUCAUGAAGUGAACAGUAUGCUAUGUAGAUUGAAUAAAGAAGAUUAUACAAAAGUAAUGGUUUCAAGAGAACUUCCAGACAGAAAAAAAAUAGAACUUAUGAAACAUUUAUAGAAUUUAUGCCAUAAUAACACUACAAAAAUUUGAACCGAACAAAUAUAAUUCACAUAGAGUUAGUCCUUGGUUGAUUACCAUUUAUUCAGCUAGUCCCCAAAGUUAUGGCUGAUGCAGCAGUAACAUGAUACAAAUUCAGCCAUUUAACAACCUCUACAUGUUUACAACUUCAGGGGCAUUUCAGCUCUCCCACCCAUCUCUCCUCCUUAGUCUUUUUUUACUAUCCUGCUCAAUGGCACUUCUUGCUGGUGCUGGCAGGGGUGGGGAUGAAUUGAGUUUUGCA